AAAACUAAAAACUUCUAAAGAAAAUAAUACUAGCUUUACUAAUAAAAAUCAUACAAUUUAUGCACAUGCCACUAAUGACCUCUUACAUGUAGAAAAAGAAAUGCCAGUAGCAUUAUACAAUUUUGGAAGAAAAGAACAGCUCGCUACAAUUUCAACUUUUAUACAAACAGCAAAUAUCAUAAGUAUGCCUAAUAAAAUUACUAAUCUUAUACCCUCUUCUUCAUUGCAUCCCGAUUUUAGCACCACUUGUGAGAAUAAAACACAAACUCUUGCCGAUCGAAGUUUAGUUUUCCCUCCAGAACCUGUUGGAGUCCCUUUUCGAGUUUCUAAACUACCUUCUUCUUUAAAUAUGCUUCUUACAAGGACUGAUCAAAGAGCUAGAUUAUUUAAACAGAAUAUUAGAAUGUAUAAUUCAGCAUUAUCAUUUACAUCUCUAGGUGCUAAUAUUGAUCACAGCAUAACUGGUACGAGUGGGGUUUAUAGCUUUCGCAUUCAUAGUGAAAUGUAUCAUAGUAUAGGCAGCUUAUUUUCUGAUAAUGAUAAUCGUCCUGAAAUCACCCAAUUGUAUAUCUAUGAUACUGAGCAUGAAUUACGAAAUAGAAUGAAUAUAAUGCCUGGUCUUGACCCCGUUAUUCUUGGGGAGCUUCAACAAAUGUUACAUGAUUUGAAUCCUUAUUGUAACAUAUUUAAACAAGCUGGGCAUAUGCUACUAGCAAAUCCUUUAUUAAACUUACGAAUAGCAAUUACAGAUAAUAGAAAAGAAGAUCCUAGACGAUACAAUACUCCAACUGCUUUAGAAGUUGCUGUAAUUAUGAUUGGAGAUGGACAAAAUUCUGAACCAAUGCAAUGUGAUAUUAUACUACAGCUAUGUGAAGGACCAUUAAAAAGGAUUUCGGAAUUACAUCAUGCUUAUCAACCAUUGCAUUAUGUUCUUAUGUUUCCAAGAGAAUCUGUAGAUGCUGAAUUUUUUUCAUUUGAUAAUGCUGAUCAG